AUGGCGAUCGAAUCUGACUCCAUUCGUCGGAAAAACGUUUGGGUCGAAGAUUCGCAGCCACUGCCACAUCUCCCGCUCGAAACCAUCGCGGAAAUACUCUCCAGAGUUCCCGUCAAGCCUCUGCUGCGAUUCAGGUGCGUUUCCAAAUCAUGGCGCUAUUUGAUUUCCGAUCCGAAAUUCGCGAAAGCCCAUCUUAGUUUAGCAUCUGCCAGCACUGAUUAUACCCACCACAGACUACUCCUUAUAACUAGUGGUGGUCCGAAUCCAUAUCUCAAGUCAUGUUCCGUUAGUUCUAUUAUGCAUGAGCAAUCUGAUACUACUGCUGUUGACCACGAUUAUCCUUUCGACAAACCUCGCCAAAGAGUUUGGAUUGGCUUUAACGGUUCCUGUAACGGAUUGGUGUGCAUCAUGGUUCCAGGAUAUAUAAUGUAUCUAUGGAAGCCGGCCACUAGGAAAUCCAUGGAACUGCCCCUUAUUAAAAUGCGAAAUAAUGUCUGCAGCUAUACAUGUGGUAUUGGUUACGAGGACUCUAUUGACGAUUACAAGGUGGUGGUCUUCCUUCGUGUCAAUGUUGUUAUGUUUAUUCCGGAAAGAGUGGAGGUGUAUACGUUGAGGACUCAUUCUUGGGGGAGGAUUGGAGACUGUCCUCAUUCUCUUGACGCGGCUGAUUCGGGGAAAUUUGUGAGUGGGGCACUCCAUUGGCCUUCGCUUGAUUCUUAUUGGAAUACUAUUGUUUCUCUUGAUUUGGCAAAGGAGACAUAUGGGGAGGUUUUGCAACCUGAUUAUGAUAGAGAUUGUUGUUUGGACUACGCAUUAGGUGUUUUAAGUGGAUGCCUAUGUGUAUUGAGCCAAUAUGCUGAUUGUGCUGAUGUAUGGGUGAUGAAGGACUAUGGUAUCAAAGAGUCUUGGACCAAGUUGAUUGUGAUACCUUAUUUAACUCCUUCGGAUGUCACCCAUUCCGCACCUUUGUGCAUUUUGAAGAACAAUGAAGUUUUAGUGGGUAAUAGGAUGCAUUUAGUGUGGUACUAUCCAAAUGAUGCCAAAUUUAGUUAUCCUACGAUUCAAAAUAGUAUUAAACCUUUUAGGGCAUAUCCCUACGUUGAGAGCCUUGUCUCACUUAACUCUGACGGUGGGAUUCAGCAACAACAACAGUAUUAA